AUGCCUGCUUCCCAUGCGGCUGAGGGUAGCGAGUUCUGCAACAGCGAGUCGGACUACGCCGAUGAUAUGUUCUCAGACGACAGCGACGGCAAUACCGACGUGACCGAGGAGACUCACAGUGAGGAUAGCGACGACAGCGACGACAGCGAUGGGGAGAGCUCAGAAGAUGACAAGCUUCCUCCCGAACAUUAUGAGGCCGAGGAGACUGCUCUUGAUGUCAAACGCCUCCGGCAACGUCGCUUGAAAGCAACAGUUGAUAACAUGGAUAGAGUCCGAGACCACUGGCACCAAUACUGCGAGUACAUGAGGAGGGAUGUGCUCGACGCCUACCGGACACUGUCCAUCCGAUCCAUUAAGGGUUCCUCAGCUGGGCUUGCGACCAGCGUCCAGACACGGUGA